AUGAGGCAUUCUGAACGUCUCACAGAUAAAGAUGAUGGGGUGGUGCGCUCCAUUAGCGAUGUACCUAUCACCGAACAACGAAAACCGUUCAUGGACUCGAAAGGCUCUAAGCUUCAGCAUCCAGGCACGGCCCGUGCGAAUCUCGCCCUAUCGGUAGAAUCCCCCCAAGGCACCAAGGGUUGGAAAGAGCAGCAUUCCCACCAGACCGUUCUACAACAACAUUGCGACUUCUUUGACCGCGAUCACGAUGGCAUUCUUUGGCCACAGGAUACGUUUGUCGGCUUCUACCGUCUCGGUUUUGGUGUCAUCCUAUCCAUCGUCGCUGUUUUCGUCAUCCACGCUAAUUUCUCCUACCCGACGUGCUCUGGAUGGUUACCUGAUCCAUUCUUUCGUUUAUUCCUUGAGAAUGUACACAAAGACAAGCAUGGUAGUGACACUGGGACAUACGAUACUGAAGGACGCUUUUUGCCACAAAAGUUUGAAGACAUAUUUGCCAAAUAUGCCGAUGGAAGGGAUUAUUUGACAAUAUGGGAUGUCAGCAACGUGCUCAAAGGGCAACGGUGCAUUGCGGAUCCAAUUGGUUGGGGUGGUGCAUUCUUUGAAUGGAUUGCUACGUACAUAAUGCUCUGGCCCGAGGACGGCAGAAUGAUGAAAGAGGAUAUCCGUCGCAUAUACGACGGGAGUAUAUUCUAUACGCUUGCUGAGAGACGAGAGAAGAGUUCGUGA